AGCCCAUCAUUUCGGAGCCAGUUCGCCUCCGCCGACUGAAUCGAAAGGACCACCAUUUUUUUUUUUUGCUCGGUCCAAAUUUUUCGGCCCCAGCAAGUUUCGCUCGUUCAAUUUUGCAGUAUUCGAUAUCCGAUCACCCGUCGAAUGUUAGCGAUCGACAACCGCAUCCACAGAAAAUAAGAAGCGAGAGUUUACUCCACAAUUUUAUAAAUAACACAACGCCAUUAUUUCAUCUUAGUGAAGUGUUCGCUUAGUUUGUAUACAAGACACCUCAUUCUGCUACCCUAAAUUUAUUUUCUACUUUUUUUUUCUCAUCAAAACUUUGCCAAAAUGACGCAGACAAUUUUCAUUCUCUUCGCUGCUUCCCUCGUCGCUGUGGUGACCUGCGGUCAUUUCUACAACGCCGACGGGACGCCGUACGACGCUUAUCACAACCUGCAUCUGAUUCACGAUCCACCGCUCUACCCGACUUAUCGCGAGGUCCCCAACACCGGAUUCACGUGCUCCGGCCUGGGGGACCAAUUGUGGGCGGACACCGCGGCUCAGUGUCAGGCCUAUCAUCUCUGCCAGGGCGAGCAACUCGUAUCGAGCCAUCUCUGCGUCAACGGGACUCUCUUCAAUCAGCAAUUUCAAGUCUGCGACCAGUUCUACAACGUCCGGUGUGGCAGCCCCUAUGAAGACCUGUAGGAAAGUGGAAAUGAGCGCGUAGAUAAUUCGAGAGAGGUUCGUAACGGUGGCUGGAGUCUACCUACUCUGACGACGACGACGGCACCCUCCCUCGUCACCUGCGUGAAUUUUACUACAAAACAAUAUUAAAAGAUCACCCGCCACACACUUAUACAUAUUAUGUCCUAUCGCACGCGACGUUAAUUAUACCUAUAAUAUGCUACACCCAUUAUUCCUCCGUCAAUUACGAAUUAUAUCUAUAUAUAUAUAUAUAUAUAUACCUAUGUAUACAUACCUAUACAUAAGUAUAUCGUGUAUUAUAAUGCAAACCUUUUCCAUUGGCACGAUUAUUCUACGAUUAUAUUCUUCUGUGUAUCGUAUACCAUACGGAGAUGAAAUAGUCAGCCUAAUAAUAUUAUAAAUGUUUUACUAUACUUAUUGUGAUUUUAAUGAAUUAUAUAUUUAAUAUUUAUUUAAGAAUAAAAUAUAUUCUAGUUGUUCCUCCUAACGUA